AAUCCGCUUUCCAAUAAAAAAGAUUCAUUUCAAUUAUUAAGGGAUAAAAGAUUCCUAAAAAAAAGUAGAGAAAUGGAUGGGAAUAGAAGAGACGAAGAUAAGUUGGAGCAUGGAUUCGAAGUAGUAGAAGAAGAAGAUGUAAACAAGUACAAGAAGGGGGCUGAGUACGAGAUGUCGGUGGAGCAAAUCUUCGAAAGAAGGCAAGUUCCGCCGUGGAGGAAGCAGCUAACGAUGAGAGCCUUGGGCGUGAGCUUCGUGCUGAGCAUAUUGUUCAGUUUCAUAGUAAUGAAGCUCAAUUUAACGACCGGAAUCAUCCCUUCCCUCAAUGUCUCAGCCGGAUUGUUAGGGUUUUUCUUCGUCAAGACUUGGAAAGUGCUCCAGAAAUCUGGCCUCUUCCGGCAGCCCUUCACCCGCCAGGAGAACACCGUCAUUCAGACCUGCGUCGUCGCCUCCUCCGGCAUCGCCUUCAGCGGGGGGUUCGGAAGUUACCUCUUCGGAAUGAGCGAACGCAUCGCCAAACAUUCAGACGAUAACGGCGGUUUCAAGAAUCCGUCUCUCGGAUGGAUAAUUGGCUUCCUCUUUGUUGUUAGCUUUCUUGGUCUCUUCUCCGUGGUGCCCCUUCGGAAGAUCAUGAUCAUAGACUUCAAGUUGACAUAUCCCAGUGGUACUGCAACUGCACAUCUCAUCAAUAGCUUCCACACUCCUCAAGGAGCAAAGCUAGCAAAGAAGCAAGUAAAAACAUUGGGUAAGUUCUUCUCUUUCAGCUUUUUGUGGGGUUUCUUUCAGUGGUUUUUCACUGCUGGAGAAGAUUGCGGAUUUGCUAGCUUCCCUACAUUCGGGCUUAAAGCAUACGAGUACAAGUUUUUCUUUGAUUUCUCAACAACGUAUGUGGGAGUAGGGAUGAUUUGUCCCUACAUAAUAAACAUAUCAGUGCUGCUUGGAGGAAUAAUCUCAUGGGGUCUAAUGUGGCCCCUCAUUGAAGAAAGAAAGGGUGAUUGGUAUGCUGCUGAUCUUUCCUCGAGCAAUAUGCAUGGCCUGCAAGGUUACAAGGUAUUUAUUGCUAUUGCCAUGAUUCUUGGUGAUGGGCUAUACAACUUUAUCAAGGUGUUAACUAGAACCCUCACAGGCUUAUUUUAUCAACUUCGAGGACGACAAGCUCUCCCCAUUGCAGACCAGCACUCCCCUGAUACCUCAGAGAAGCUAUCUUAUGAUGACCAGCGCCGAACUCAAGUCUUUCUAAAAGAUCGGAUUCCUACAUGGUUUUCUAUUGCAGGGUACGUAACGAUUGCUUCGGUCUCCACCAUCACUCUUCCGCACAUAUUUCACGAACUCAAAUGGUAUUUUGUUUUGGUCAUCUAUAUCUUUGCACCUGCACUGGCUUUCUGUAAUGCGUAUGGAACUGGCCUGACGGAUUGGUCCCUUGCUUCAACCUACGGCAAGCUAGCAAUUUUUACCAUCGGAGCUUGGGCAGGUCCGAAUGGUGGAGUCCUUGCAGGCCUGAUAGCAUGUGGUGUAAUGAUGAACAUUGUUUCAACAGCCUCUGACCUGAUGCAGGAUUUCAAGACCGGUUACUUGACCCUUGCUUCUCCUAGAUCCAUGUUUGUUAGCCAAGUUAUCGGCACAGCCAUGGGCUGCAUAGUUUCACCUUGUGUCUUCUGGCUAUUCUACAAGGCAUUCCAUAACCUCGGACUCCCCGAAAGUCAAUAUCCUGCUCCAUUCGCAACCGUUUACCGCAACAUGUCUAUAUUGGGGGUGCAAGGCUUCUCUGCUCUACCAAAAGACUGCCUGUUGUUGUGUUAUGUAUUCUUUGGUGCAGCCAUUUUGAUAAACUUAUCUAAAGAUAUGCUGGGCAACAAAUGGGGAUCCUACGUUCCACUUCCAAUGGCAAUGGCAAUACCUUUUUACCUCGGCCCGUACUUCGCCAUUGAUAUGUGCGUUGGAAGUUUGAUUUUGUUCGCCUGGCAAAAGUUAAACAAGGAAAAGGCAGAUGCAUUUUCUGCGGCGGUUGCGUCCGGAUUGAUCUGUGGUGAUGGUAUAUGGACUUUGCCGAGUUCAAUACUCGCUUUAGUCGGGGUUCAACCACCAAUUUGCAUGAAAUUUCUCUCAAGGGCAGCAAACGCUAGGGUUGAUAAGUUCUUAAAUCCACAAAGUUGAAUUCAAGUCCACCAAGUGAGAAUAUGCAUGCAAAAUCUAUAGAUGCUUACGUUAGCCAUGUAAAACAGCAUUUAUAUGUUAUACAUGCAUGUUAUUUUUCCUUGUUUUCUUCUUCAUCCAGUGUUUGUUGAUGUACAACGAAGACGUGCGAGGUUGCAGAAGAAAGUUGAAACACAAUGAAAGUAUGGAUUGGCGUGAAAGGAUGUAAUAUAUUUUAUAGAUGAAUGAAAGAGUGAAAAGAUAAUGAGAGGUCAUAUAUAUGGUUGAUACAGUCUUUGUUUUAGCAAAUGUGAUGCGUACAUUACUUGUUUGCCUAAGUUAUUCAAUUGAAGUUGGCUCAUUUGUUGGCAUUA